CCACUCCACCCCCACCAUCACGCUACCGCGGCCUUAUCGGACGCCGGUGACGUGACGUAUCGCGCUUGACGACACCCGCACCAGCCACACAUCGCACCUUCUCUCCCGCCACGCCCGCAAUGUCCUCCGACCGCAACUCACCGCCGCUUCCGAGCCCCGGUUUCUCCGAUCGAAGGCGAGCCUCCGUCACCGGCCAGACGUUCAGAGACAUCUUUGGCCAGAGCAGCGCGCCCGUGCAGAGCCAGCCUUACCCUGGCCCUAUCACCACUGCCGCCGUCAACGCUCAGCGGCGUCGCCUCUCCCUCACCACCAUCGGCCUCUCGGCCUCGCCCAACCAAAGCUCACCCUUCCAGACACGGCCCCGCACCGAGAGCAUCUCGAGCGCCAACUCUGGCUCCGUCGACGAGAGCCCCUUUGAAGAUGAUCCGAUGCCCUCCGCAAACAGCAACCCCGCCACGCCUUUUGCUCGGCGCCUGAGUUUUGGCGCCCGGGCCAUGCGGGAUGUUAGGCAGAGCAAUGGCAGUGUUGGGAACUCCAAUGGCGAAGGCUACAGUUUUGCAGAGAACCUCCGCACCCGAGCCGAGCGCGCGUCCAUGUCCGGUGCUAAACCGAUGCAGCCGCAGCCUCCACCCCAUCAACGGGCUAAGAGCGUGGCUAUCAUGGAACCACCCGUCCGCGAGAUGCCCAAGCAGCCCAAGGUGCCCGACGCCAUGCAGGAGCGUAUCCUCAAGGGCGACUUCUACAUGGACUAACGAGUCGCGUGCUUGUCGUACGAGAUUCAUUUUGUCCAUGUAUACUAGCGGCUUGUUCCACAUACCGCCGACUCGACAUUCGGGGAUGUCUGCAGUCUGGGAGCGCA